GGAGCUGUCCUGGUCCCGGGUGGAGCUGUCGGCAACCUGCUACAGAACUUGCGAGACGGUGGGAACGCUUCAGAUCCACAUCCAGCGCAGUGGGGGGAGCGCCGACCCAGCAUACGUCGCCAUCCAGGUGGAGGAAGGUUCGGCCAAACCGGGGAGAGAUUUCACUCACAGCACCGCUGCUCUCAUCCAGUUUGACCCAGGAGUGAGUGUGAAAACCUGGAACAUUUACCCGAUAGACGAUGGUCUGGAGGAAAACCACAAGACUUUCACUGUCACCCUGAAAAAUGCAAAAAAUGCUGUCCUGGGAAAGAGGAUGUCAGCUAGUGUCAAGAUCAUCGACCCCAGAGGAGGAAGGUGUAAUCCUGAUGACCUAAUGGUGGAGGAGGAGGAUGAGCGACUCCCUACCGCCCCCCCUCCGGCUCAACUCCCUGACCCCCCCAGAGUGAAGGAGGAGGACAGCGUCACAGACAUCGAGGCAGAGCUGCUGUGGGUGAACCAGCCCCACCCACCUCAAGGAGACGUCCCUAACCGCCGGCCCUAUCUGGACUACAGGGAGGGGGAAUCAAAAGAUCAGGCAGCCCCCCACAGCCAUAGAUCCUCCCCCAGCACUGGGAGCUCCGGGAGCUCUGUACCCAGGGUCAUGCAUGGAGGAUUGAAGGUCCAGCUGUCAGGAGGGAGGAGGUCUGAGGAGAAGGUCUGGACGUUCCACAGUCUGACUCCUCUCCGGCUGGAGGAGCUGAAGCCGGGCGAUGCUGGGAGGAGCUGGUCCCCUGACAGUCCCCCCCUGCAGGAUCCUCCUCAGAUGGAUCAUCCAGAACCCAGACACAACCCAAAGCUACGUCAGCGCAAGACGGGGAAGUCAGUGAGCAGCUGGUGUGCUGAAGGCUGGACUCACUACAGGAGGCGCUGUUACAGCGUCAGCUCGUCUGUGGCCAGCUGGGCCAGCGCAGAGAGGAGCUGCUCAAUGCUGUUCAACAGUAGCCUGACCGGCCUGAAUUCCAGAAGAGACAUGACCUGGCUAUGGAAGUUUGCAGGGAGGAAGCCGUUUUGGAUCGGUCUCGGUCCAGAAUCAUCCUCUGCUUUAGCACCUGACAGUGGAGGUAAGAUCCCCAUCCGCUGGACAGCACCCGAGGCCAUCGCCUUCAGAAAGUUUACCUCAGCCUCAGAUGUGUGGAGCUAUGGCAUCGUCAUGUGGGAGGUCAUGUCUUUUGGAGAGAGGCCGUACUGGGACAUGAGCAACCAGGAUGUUAUCAAUGCCAUAGAGCAGGACUACCGGCUGCCCCCCCCCCCUGACUGCCCGACCCACCUGCACCAGCUGAUGCUGGACUGCUGGCAGAAGGACCGCUCGGCGCGCCCUCGCUUCGCAGACCUCGUCAGCGCUCUGGACAAACUGAUCCGAAACCCGGCCUCGCUGAAAAUAGUGGCUCAAGAGGGAGCAGGGCUGUCUUACCCCCUGCUGGACCAGCGAGCACCUUUAUCCCUCUCAGCCUGCGCCUCUGUGGGGGAAUGGCUGAGGGCCAUCAAGAUGGAGCGCUACGAAGACAGCUUCCUGCAGGCCGGCUUCAACUCGGUGGACCAGUUGGCCCAGAUCAGCACAGAGGACCUGCUGCACAUGGGAGUGACUUUGGCCGGACACCAGAGGAAAAUCCUCUCCAGCAUCCAGACACUGACCUUUCGGAACAAGAGUACUGCAACCGUGACCUUUUAGCUCACCUGUUGUCUAGCCUGGACUCCAACCCACCGGUGCAGUCAUGUACCGAGAGCACUCUGCUCCAUCUCUGAACACGGACUCCAAGGGAAACUGGCAGAAUUUUAUAAUGACCAGGGAAAAAAAGACGGAAAAAAAAAACACUAAAAAUGACUUUGCGAUCACGAUGAGAGAGUCGGACACAGUGACGUUUGGACAGUCAACGUCGUGCAGACCUGACUGACAUUUUUAAACGUGUUACACCAAGAGGAGAAUAUGAUCAGAAUUCACAGUUUCUGUAGUAUCAUGUCAGUUGACUGGUUUGUUGUCCUGAGAAAAAAAUCACUUCACCAAAGGAGCCAAAAAAAAAAAGCCCAUAUCGUUGUGUAAUCAUGAAUGAGAACUGCUUUCACCCUGGGUGCCAUUUAAUCCAUCUGGAUUACGUUACAACAUAGACAUUUUUCACAUCAAGAACAUUUUAACUGUUGGAUUGUACUUCUCUGUUGCCCUUUGACUUCAACAUUACCUCCUCUUUACUCAGGUGUGAUGUGUAAUUCAAACUUUGGAGAGCGCUGUACUCGUCCUAAUCAGACGUCUUCUUCUUCACGGGGCAGAGAGACAUCAGCACUUUUGUCGUUUCAGAGUGAAUCUGUAACUCCAUGUAUUUCUCUUGGAGUGCGGUUGGUUAUAUCUACUGCCUGUGUUUCUGCGGGCAGCUCAGUUUUAUUGUAGUCAGACUGAACAAGUGUGCACUCAGAGACCAGAGAACACUGAAGAGCUGGUUUUCUUUGUAGACAUUUACCAUGGAAGCUGUCUGGUUUAAACAAGUUUUUCUUGAUAUAAAUGGUGCAUCUUUAAUUCUCUUCCCCUGUAUUCUCCAUCUACUGGUGCCAUUCAGUCGUCUUUGUGGACUUAAAUGCCAAUUUUUAUAAAGCAGAAGUCUCUCAUGGGUGAUUCUUGUCUCAUUAAAAUGCACCUCAAAGGGUUACUUUGACAUUUUGAAGUUCAGUAUUUUGCAAAUGUUCCUGAAUUUUGCCUCAAAGCUACACAAAUAUGUUUCCUAAAAUAUAGCACAAAAGAAAAGCACAUCUACCAGCUAAGCUAACGUGCUAGCUUGCAGCUUGCGGUAUCCAUUGGUUUCAGAGGGGAAUGCUAACACCACUGCUGUUUGGUUAGCACACCCCCACAUGUUAAGUGUAUUAUUUUCUUUCAUUAGAUGCUGGUUGUGUGGUUCAGCAAACAUUGUGAAGCAUUUAUUAUUACAAAGCUAACAUGCCAUCUUGCAGCCAGUCGUUUCCGUUGGUUUCAAGGUGGAAUGCUAAUGCGCUGCUUUUUGAUUAUCCGACACAAUAUUACAAGUGUUUGUUGAAGAGGAAUAACAGACAGGAGUUCAAAAUGUCAAAGUAUUGCUCAGACUUUGCAUCUCUCCGUGGAUAAUACCAGUCUUUUGACGUUAAGGUCUGGCAUCCUUUUCUGCACUAAAUCAGGAAAAUUAGGUUUAACAGUGUUAUACAAAAUGCCAUGAUUGCUUUUCUAAGUGAUUUAACCUUGGUGCCAUAGAGCACUUUUAUAACAUAUAAUUUCUUCUUCAUGAUUUGGUAAUUUUAAGUGUGGGCAAUUUGGGUUUCCUUCUUCAUUGGACUUUCUAUUUCUAUCAUAAUUAUCUGGGUUUCGGGAGGUUUAAUGUGCAAUAUACACACAUUUUAAAAUCCAUUCAAAUCUGAUGUUUCACAUAAAUUGAAGUCUGCUAAAUACACACCAAAAGAUGUGUAAAAGCCACAUGCUGAGUAACACUGUUUGUGUUAUCACUUCAAAAUGUCCAAUGUGAGCCUUAAUAAAAAAACUGGUAUUGUCACGCAAGAGUUUGAGAGAAUCCUUUUAGGAUUAUGGGAAAUGUGAUCUUCAUAUUGAAGAUCUCAAUAAAACCAACUUUGUAAUAAUGAAUAGAUAAAAGUAUGUUUUGAUUACUGUCCUGUGUGUAGGCUAAUCUGUAUUCAGUAUUCAUAAUAAAGAUACACACCAGUGUUUACCAUC